CUUCAAGCACGAGCACCUCCUACACCUCAAGCAAGAGAACGAUCAACCCGAUUGAAAAAAUCACUUGCAACUGGCGACCCAUAACACACACCGAACAGCAAAACACAGUGUCACCUAACACUAGUACUAUCAACACCACGCGAAGCUACUUACUAGUAUCUGACCCGUCAACCAUGCUUCCACAAAUCCUUCUCAUUGGCGCCACUGGCCGAACCGGCAAACUAGUUCUCGACGAAGCCCUGACCAGAGGCCAUCUUGUCACCGCCCUCGUCCGCAAACCCAACAGCAGCUUGCCGCAGCAUGCGAACCUCAUCACGGUGACAGGAGACCCCUGCAAUGCCACAGACGUCGAAAAAGCGGUCCGCAGCACGAAACCAGGCGUCCCCGUCGUCAUUAUCAGCACACUGGGUCAGACUCGAACAUCAGGUAAUCCGUGGGCUGCACCAAGUUCUCCAGCCCGAUUCAUGGACGCGUCAGCCAAAGCUGUGCUGGCGGCAUCCGAAGCGGUCAAGGAUUCCGGCAUCCAGAUCGACAAAUUGGUCGUCAUGUCUAUGUUCGGUGUGGGCGAUUCCUUCGCCAACCUGAAUAUCCUUCUGCGCUGGACGUUCAACCAUUCGAACAUGGACCAGACCCUGGAAGACCAGACGCUAGUGGACCAGACCGUCAGGAACGGUAACCUGCCAUUUGUCCUGGUUAGGCCGGUGAUAUUGAACGAGGCAGAAGCCGCGCCAGUCAAGGUGUACCCAAGCUCGGCCGAGGGUGUUGGUUUCAUGCCCAAAGUUAGUGUGAAGAGCGUAGCAAAGUUUUUGGUGGAUGCUGCGUCGAAGGGAGACUGGGACUCUACUGCACCAGUCAUCACGAACUGAUGCAAGGAGUUUCGAAAAGGGCGAUGUUGGGCAGCUAGUUAGUGAUCUACAAGGCCAGGAUGCAGUGAUUGGAUGGAGACCAUGGCAGUAUCUUCAGGCGCAUGGUGUCAGAAACGCGUACACAGGUUCUUUUCAUAGAACGAAU